AUGUUUUCAGUAUUUGAUGAAUCUGGGAUUUUUAUCGCUGCAUGCCGUCACCAUUUUGUCUUGCUGACUUGUAAUAUGCUAAUAAUUUUUAGAGCGAAGUAUCCACUCACAAUACUUGAUCAUCUAAUGGCUGUAUAUGGGCAGAAUGGCUCAUGUGCUUAUGACAUCAGUUGUGCAUUUUCAAAGAUGUUGAGUGCCAGUUCUUCGGGUCCACACACACACUCACUCAAUCUAUGCAUGAUGGUGGGCACAUUCCACGGACAUGCCCAUAAUCACAAGUGCCAAUUAGACUGGCACCCCAUGUAUAUCAGCGGGACUGGCCACACUGUCACUGGAAGCAUGAAAGACUUUUUCAGCAUGAAAAAUCUUGAAAAAAUCCUAAAAAAGGUUUAA